GGGGGCACCUGUUGUUCGGUUCGGCACUUCCUGGUGUGAGAAACGUGCUUUUAUGUUUCACACACAUUGAACGGCUGGAGUUACCAACGCAGCGUCUGUACAUAAAGACAGAAAGAUAUUCCCGCUGGAGUUGUACAGCUGAACAUGACAGCAUCAUGCCAAGUUCCAAGCCCAAGUACAAGCGGCUGCCCCAGGCAGACCUGACGGAUGAGGACCAGACAGUGUACUCUCGUGGGGACGGCGAGGCUGGAGGGCACACUAACAACAAUGUCCCUGUGGGCAGGAGUCAGGACAGGGAGAGGUGCUGUGGUGGAGUCUACCUCAGGACAUACGCACUGUGUGCAGCCUUCCUGGGAUUGGGGGUGUGUAUCGCCAUGGUCGGUCCCACCCUGCUGGACCUGGCGGCUAACGUCCACGCCGACAUUGCUCACAUCUCCUACAUCUUCACGGCACGCUCCGUCGGGUACCUGGUGGGGUCUGCCGUCGGAGGCGUCCUGUUUGACACGUUCGACCAACACCUGCUGCUGGGACUGAGUCUCCUCCUCAACGCCAUAGGCUUUGCUGUGAUACCCUGGGCCAAACGACUGUCCAUCAUGGGUGUACUCAUCUCCUUCACAGGGGUGGCAAUGGGCUUCCUGGACACAGGAGGCAACGUCCUGUGUUUGAACCUUUGGGGACAGAGAUCAGCUCCUUACAUGCAGGCUCUACACUUCAGUUUUGGCAUGGGAGCAUUCAUUGCACCCUUAUUGGCCAAGAACUUCAUCAGCCUGUCAAGCAGCAACAGCUCUGUCCUGAUCAACACCACUGUACAGCCCAGCAGUCAGCCUGCCGCACCGCACAGGAGACAUGUACUCAACCUGUCUGGUGUGGAGAUAGACCAGUCUGUUAAUAGAUACCCCCAACAGUUAGACUCUCAGCAGCAAAUGCUGGAUACUCUUCCUGAAAAUGGAAUCAGCAACAAAGACGUUGGACUUGCCAGCAAAUGGAAUAGUAAUUUCUACAGAACUUAUGAUACAAACUUAGCAAACAGUGAAAAGGAUACCAAGAACAAGCAAUCAGGGGUGAUGGGUACAUCUAUCAGUUGGACAGGAAGGUGGAAAAAUAUCCAGCAUGAAAAAAACGUCGACAUGUCUAGCCACGGUCUCUUCACAUCUGAGACCCUGGCUUCUGGUAAUGUUCUUCAUCAACCCAGGAGGAGAGAGCUGACGGGUGGAUCGGAGGAGGUUGGAUCUGGUGAAGAGGAACCGAAACAGAUGAAGAACCUCUCUGAUGGAAGGGAGAGUCCAUUUCUGGAGGAGCAGGAGGGCAGUGCUGACGACACUGCAGCAGCGGAAAGAGAUCCUGACAGUAGUCAACAUCACCAUCAUCAUCAUCAUCAUCAUCACGACAAUCAAGGUCCAUUGGAAGAUGAAGAGACUCCAGACAAAAAUGUGCCAUCAACCAGUCAGCCACUGUCAACCAAACAACUGAUGGGAAAAACAACUAAACGAGAUACAAGCACCACUCCUGAGGGGAAACAGAACACUACCCACACAAGCUCAGUGCCUGACAAGAUUAACGCUGUCUACACGAAAGGCAAGGAACUCGUUCAGUCCAUCAUGUCAGAAAUGUCCAAGUUGAGCCCCAUACGAUGGGCGUAUUUGAUUGUUGGGGUGUUCCAGUUUCUUGUUGGUAUAACAUUCAUGGUGUUUUACUGCACCAGCUCCUACAAGUUUCUGGGUGGACAGCAGGUUCCACACGGUGCCUCUGAACCAGACAGAGCCUUCACCGUCAAAGUCCUGGUUCUGCUCUUCUUCUUCUUUUUCAUCUACGUCGGAGUGGAGGUGGCUUAUGGGUCUUUCAUAUUCAGCUUUGGAACCAAGAGCAAGCUCCAUCUGUCUAAAGAUGAUGCAGUGGGACUGAACACCCUGUUUUGGGGGACAUUCUCCCUUGUACGUGGCACGGCCAUCUUCACAACAAAGUGCCUGUCUGUCAAAGUCAUCUUAUUGCUUAACCUGGUCGGAGCUAUAGUGUCUUCCCUUGGACUCUGUGUGUACGCAGAACACAACAGGACAUUGUUGUUUGUGGCCACAGGGAUUUUUGGCGGCUCGAUAUCGACAGUCUUUCCUUCUGCCAUCUCCUGGGCGGAGCGUUACAUCCACGUGACAGGCAAGGCUGCAGCAGUGUUUGUGGUCGGGGCUUCCUUUGGUGAGAUGGUGAUGCCUGUACUGGUGGGGACCAUGUUUGAGAGGAGUCCAAUGUGGCUGAUGUACUUCUCCCUCGGUGGCUCGGUGCUCGCCAACGUCCUGUUUGUGGCCCUGCAGUGGCUGGUGUCCAGUCGAGGGGAGAAAUACGCCCUCCCUCCCCCAAACUUCCUCUGGACAGAAGAUGAGGAUGACGUGAAGAUGGAUGUGAUAGAGAUGGCUCCAGUACAGAUAGUGGAGGAAGGAGAAACACCGCUGCAAAAGAUCACAGAGCAGUUACGGAGCACGCCUGCUGGCAAGAUCCUGCAGGGAAAGGGAGACAAGAAGGACUGAUCUGGGUUAGCUGUGAAGAAGGUUUCCUCAUUAAGAUAAGAUUGUAGGUACAGUCAAACUUGUCUAAGACAUGCAGACUGAGUGGUCUUCUUAGCUUUCUACACAAAGCAUGUUGACAAAACUGCAACUAUUUUUCCACCUAUUUCGCAAUAAACUGUCCCAAUGUGAUCCAAAGUGACCCAGUCAGACUCAGAGACAUUUUACAAGACUAAGUGCAAAGACUGACAUGCUGUUGAAGUCCAUCAGGAUUUCUCACUACCAGGUAGUUAUCAUCAAAAAACGUUUUCAGCCAACACUUGAAAAUUAUACAGUCAUGAUAGUCAGAGAUGGGGCCAUGCAUGUGCAGUGACGGUCUCAAAUCGUGGCAGUGGUAGUCAGGUUGGUGUCUAUUGGGAAAAAAUUGUGACCCAGAAAUGGUCAUCAUGGUCAGAUUGUCAGCCUCUAGAGGUGGUUGCUUGGGCAAGUUUGACUGUACCAUACCUGUAGAUAGAAUCCUGUUCACAAAUGUGUAGGAUGAGGCCUAAUGUAAGGUUAUUGAAGCAAGAAACAGUUGAAGCCAGCUGAAGGAGAGUAACAACGAAUUUUCAUAAAAUUAUUUGGAGUUGGACCUGUCUUGAUAAUCUCAGUAACCUCAGGUCAAAGUGAACAUAAGGAAGGAAAAUUAGAAAUAUACAUGUACAUGAUGUGUGUACAUGUAUUAUGUAUGACACGAAAAGCCAACAUUGCAAACAAAUGCAUAAACGUUUCUCAUUUUUUAGAAAAUAUUGAUGAAUUCUUUUACACUGUAUGAUAAUUUAUUAUGAUGAAGAGCAAUGGUGCUAAAAAGUAUAGAGCAUAUUAUUUGAAUAUGUUGCAUUGGUGAAAACAACAGAAAUUCCUUCCUAUAAUGAUCAUUCAAGUUGCUUGUCUGAAUGAAAAAUUAAUGCAUCAACUUGAAGAAUAUUAUCUCAAAAAAAAAAGUACCGGUAGCCAACAAAUCUCUCUGUCAUUAUCAAUUUUUUUCCACCGAUAUAUCUAUUUAACUCUUGAAUUUAAGGGUGAAAUCUAGUUGCCAAUGGGUAUUUUGCAAUCAAAGGUUAGUACUUUGAAUUACAUGUACAAUGUAGAAAGUACUCUUAUGGAUGAGUACAGGUCCAUUGGAUGACACAUGGACGGGAAGAUUUGGAAAUUUUUAUGGGAACCAGGGUGUGACUAUAUACACAAGUAAUUAUUCUAUUUCCCGAAACUUAUGCUGAACGCCAAACACACACACAUCUAGGACAAACAAACCUGUCCUUGGUGAUGAACACCAUCCACACACAUGCAAACAUGCCUGACCUUAGUGCUGAA